UGGCAGAUCAUUGGUCUGGUAGUGAAAAGGAAGUACUGAUCUUGGUAGCUAUAUUUCUCUAAAGCCUGUAUUACUUCUUAUUUGUCCUGAGUAUUAAUAUAUUGCCUCACCUAGAACUUGCAUGUCUUCAGUAUGUCUGAGCUCUGAAUUCAAGAGUCUGUUAAGCCAUGCGGACUGCUUAAAUGGGAAAAGUGAAAGGACUGAUAGAGGAUAAGAAAGGAAACCUUGGGCCAGGGGUUCUUCUUCAGCUAGUCUAGUAAUGCCUUGGUACUUACUCAUUCAAUUGGAUUGGAUUGGAUGGUGACACAGACUAUAUUUAAUAAAAGUUCAUGGGUUCUCAUAGGUUUCUGUGAUUGGGAGAUUUUUUUCCAAUCUUAUUUGGAUUAGAGGUGUUUGAUAAACCAUAUACAGACCUAUACAUAGUCUUCUAUGUUUGUAUGAAUGUAGGGAAGUGAAGAGGAAGACUGGGCUAUUUGGGGAGAAACAGAGCUGUGUGUGUCCCUGAGGGGACCUGGCUGUGGGUGGCCUCCCUUCCUCUCUGGGGCACAGGGCCUGUAGGCAGGCUCCCUCUGACAAGGCAACCAUAGUUUUGGUUCAGCAACUCCCACCAGCCCCUGCUUGCCCCAGCAUCCACCUCGCGGAUCCGGACACUCCCAGGAGUUAGAGCCUGACUCGCCAUGCAGCAGCCCCCUUUCUUCUACCUCCUCCUCUUUCUCUUUCUCACCCCCCAGGCUGCCAAGUCCCAAGACCCACUGAGAGUGGAGGCUGAAGAGGGGAGGAAUGCGGUUCUGCCAUGCUUGAUUGGCCCCAGGGAUGGACUCUUUGAACCAGUCACCUGGUCUGGAGGAGGGCAGCUAUCCUCUUUGCAACAAUUGACCCUGAAAAGCCCAGGUUUGGGGGCCCAGGUGGAACCCUUGAAGGUCUCCCUCUUCAUCUAUAACAUCUCAGCCCAGUCUGGGGGCUUCUACCUCUGUGAAUUGGGACCACUCACAAAGCAAGAGUUGAAGCCCGGGGCAGCUAUCAGUGUCAAGGGCAGUGGUGAACUGUUCCAGUGGAAUGCUACUGGCCCAGAAGGCUGUGGUCUUAGGAGGGAAUUCUUAUCUGCAAUUAAGCCUUUUGACCGUUCAAGAUCCAAGUUCCAAACUGCUCCCUCCACCCAACUAUACGUAUGGGCUGAGGACAAACCUGAGCUAUGGGAUCCCUUCGCUCCAUGUACUGACCAGAACCAAACAAAGGAUAAUAUGGAGCUUACUCUGGCCCCAGGAUCUCCCCUCUGGCUAUCCUUUGAAUAUCCACUAUCUUCCCUCACCUUGGGUCCCACAUCAUGGGUUCAUUGGCGCCCUGGGAAAAACACUUCUCUCCUGAGUCUGGAACUGGAAAAGGGCUUCCUAGCCCGGGAGUUUUGGGUUACAGGCACCAGAGGAGAAGGUGCCCUACUGAUUCUGCCGCAGGCUGUUCCCCAGGAUGCUGGUUCUUACUUCUGUAAAAGUGGCAAUCUCACCAUCACCAUUGAGCUGAAAGUCAUCUCACCAGCAGUAUGGCGUUGGUUGUUGGAAGCUGGAGGCUGGAAGAUUCCAGUUGUUGCUUUGACCUAUGUGUCUUUCUGCCUGGGAAUCCUGGUAGGGUUCCUUCAAGUUCAGAAAGCCCUGCUCUUACGAAGAAAAAGGAAGAGGAUGACAGAUCGUAGCAGGAGGUUCUUCAAAGUGAUGUCUCCAGGGAAUGAAACCCAAAGUCAAUAUGGGAAUGUGUUACCCCUGUCUGGAGUGGCAAAUCUUGGAAAUGGUGAGCAAGUUCGGACUCUGAAGUGGACCCCUGACUCUGGAGGAGCUACUCCACCGUUUGGAAACCCAUACCGAAGGGACCAGAAAAUAGGAGUCCCUGGGCUCAGGAGUCCAGGGCUGGAAGAUCCAGAGGAGGAAGGAGAAGGUUAUGAGGAGCCAGAUGGUGAAGGAGCUUCUGUGGCCUAUGAAAAUAGCCAAGAUCAGAUCUCCCAAGAUGCUUGGGCCUAUGAGAAUGAAGAAAAAAGAACCUUGGCUGAUGAAGAAAUGGAGGAUGAUUCUUUCUCCACUGCAGAGUCUUAUGAAAAUGAGAACAAGGAAAUGGUCUCACCUGUCUACACAACAACAGGCUUCUUGCUCCCCAAAGGGCCUGUGUGGGACACCUGCCGGGAGGCUUCUUCACUUGCAGGGUCUCAGUCUUAUGAAGACAUGAGAGGGAUCCUUUAUGCUGCCCCUCAAAUCAGGAACCUUUGUCCCCAGCUUGGUCCUGGUCAGGAGGAAGAUGGCGACUCCUAUGAGAAUAUGGAAAAUCCGGAAGAGUCUGGUCCAGGGUGGGAGGCAGGGGAUUGGACCCCAAGCUGGAACAAUAGGUCCUAGAGACACAACCCCAAUUUAGCAUUCUUUUGAUGCUUAGUCUCUGUCUCUGUCUGGAGGGACUAAGGUCUGAUGAUGUUCAGGAUGUGUGGUGUGUGUGUGUGUGUGUGUGUGUGUGUGUGUGUGUGUGAGGGAGAGAGAGAGAGAGAGGGAGGGGGA